UGGAGGAAUGCAGUGUUAAUGAGGAGAGCAGUGAUGCCCCCUGUGCCUGCUGCCUCUCCAGGGGAAUUCCCUACACCUGCACCUCUUCCAUGCCCAUGUGCUGCCAGGUAGGGAAUCAGAGCUUUCUGAUGAGGGGCUCAGUAAAUAUCCUCAGCUCAGGUCCUCCCCAAAGGGAAAGGCUUUCCCAUUUUUUGGACACAAGAAAGGCAGUGGGACUGUGAGACUGGAUAAUAAAUCACUAAUUACUAUUAAUUGCAUUAUUGUUACACCUGAGACCCGUCCUCACUACCUUGCACUGCUAUCAGCAGGCUGUUUUUAAGCAAGCAGACCUACUUAAUUCCAUGUGGCUUCUCCUGAGAGCAAGACUUUGCAAAAUCUGAUGUCAGCACUUUAAUAAAUCGAGUCCCACAAACAAAAACACAUUUCCCGUUUGCAGUGUUAUAAAUGAAGGUCCCCAAACCAUCCAAAUUCAAUUUUAGCAGCAAUUUUUAACUGAGAUUAAUCUAAUCAUACUGAGAUGAAUACAGAUGAACACAAGCAUAUUUAGAUUGAGGUUCUGAUAUGGCAUAAACAAAACUGAUCAGGGUACGGAGUGGGACAUUUCCCUCCUCAUGUAUGAGGCAAAACAAUCCAAUCUUGAGUUUAUGUACCACAGGCUAAUGCAGAUGGAUUAUUUUUCUCCUCGUAAUUCCAAUCCUUGAAAUCUACAUCACUGAUAUUCUACAGCACAUGCUCUCCUUAUUGCUAGGGGGUCUUCUGGGAUGAAGGCAUCUCCUCUUCCUCUCUUGUCCUUCCUUACAGGACCUUACAGGUUGCGCAUGCCUAUUAAGCAUUGUGUCAUGUAAGUAAGCAUUAUGUUCCAAAAAUUGAUUUGGCAAUCUAUAAAUAAAAAGUUAUAACUUCAGAAGCUGUUCCAACUUUGUUCAUCCCAAGGACGAAGCUUGAGCUAACUCUGUUCCUUCCCAAGGCUAAUCUGUCCUGGGACAUGACUUAUCUCAAACUACAUCUUGCAUCCUAUUUUUUCAUAACAUCUGCUAAGGGGCCUAUUUCCUUUAGUGCUUUAUAACAGUUGUUUUCUAAAAGAUUGUUACAGUUACACUUUUCAUUAGCACGGAUCAUAAUCCAUUUAUAACAGCAGGUACUGAACCUGUGUUCCAGAUCCGUGUCAGUGGGGAAAUGUCCCUGCCAAGUGGUACCCAGUGAUCCCAAAUGGAAAAUCACUGCCCCUCCUCCCCCGCUGGACACACAGAUAAGCCUGCGGUGCUUGGCAGGGCCAGGGUGGCUGUGGGAGGGCCACAAGUGGGACACAAUCCAUCAAGGUGACCGGAGAAGGACACUGGGAGCAGCUAAAAGCAGAGAGGACGCCCGGAGAGCCGAAUUCCCACAGGACUCUGCACCAUGAGUGGCUCAGCCGGCUCCACGAGGAUGCUUGGCGUGGCUUUGGGCAUCGGGGUCCUGCUGGCCCUGAUGGGCUGCACGGACACCCAGGGCUGUGGUGAGUGCCAGGCACCCACGGAGAGCUGGGAGAGACCAUGGAUGGGGCACAGGACCCCGGUGACCUCCCCUGUCCUUCCAGUGGCCCCGCAGGACAUGGUCUCCCAGCUGCUGCAGCGCUUGGAGGGAUCUGUCAAUCUGGAGGAGGCGGUGAAUCCCAGUGUCCUGCUGGCCAUGAACCUGGCUGGGGGGGACAGCGACGGCCCCACCCACAAGUGGCUGCUCCAGGAGAUCAAGGAGGAGGCGGUGAGGAGAGCCCAGAAAGACAUGACCUCGGGCCAGGUGGCUCUGCACGUCCUCGCCCUCCUCUCCUCCUGCCAGGAUCCCCAGCGUGUCCAUGCCCUGGACCAGAGCCUCGACCUGAUCCGUGUCCUGCAGCAGAAAACAGAUGAGGAGAUGGCCAAACUGGAGGCCGAGGGGGUUCCCAAAACUACCCUGUACAGCGUGGGCCUGGACACCCUGGCCCUGUGCCUGGCUGAGGCGGGCGGCGCUCAGGCACCGUCGGUGGCCCUGGCCAAGCAGGUGCUGAGCCCCGAGAGCCACCUCUCCGUGGACACCCAGGCCAUGGUGGCACUGGCGCUGGCCUGCGUCUACAACUACGUGGAGCUGCAGGACGUGCGGGAUCUGCUCCGGGAGGCACUUUGGACAGUGAGCAAUGGCUUCCUGGAUGAGCAGAAGGAGGGGAAUGGCAUGAUUGGGAAUAUCUACAGCAUGGGGCUGGCCCUGCAGGCGCUGGAGGCCACCAGGAAGUUUUACGCCCCCCGGCAGUGGGACUGCGCCCAGGCCUUCUCCGUGGUUUAUGCCCACAACUACCAGCAGCCCAUGGCCAUCGCCCAGGUGCUGCCAGCCCUGGUGGGCAGGUCCUACCUGGAUGCGGCCGGCCUGGACUGCGCUGCCAACAGGGAUCUGUCCCCAAGCCCACAGCUGCCCCUGUCCCCUGUGCUGGGGACACACGGUGCUCCCAGAGCCCCCAUCCAGGUGCAUUACUCCAUCACCAACACGCUCCAAGGGAAACACUUCCACUACUCCACCUCGGUGACAGUCCCAAGCGGCUCCACUCUGCUCCAGGUGAUGGAGGUGGCAGCAGAGGAGAACCCCCAAACCUUUAGCUUCCAGACGGAGCAGACAUCCUGGGGACCUUAUGUGACCUCUAUCCACGGGCUGGCUGCCAGCACGGAUGACAGGACCUACUGGCAGUUCCUCAGUGCUGGGAAUGCCCUCGAUGAAGGGGUUGGAAUCUACAAACCACACGACGGGGAGCACAUCCAGGCUGUCUUCAGCACCUACUGAAGCCACCAAGGCACCAUGGACCCCUCCAUGGAACAAUAAAGUGCCAUUCCAGCAUGUCCCUCUGUGUGUUUUGUGACCCUGGGAGAAAACACAGCUCACGUGCCUUUAGUCUUCCAGCUCAAUUCCAUGAGCUCAGCUCCUCUCCUUCUCUUCCCCAGCACCGCACACAAGCACAGCCUCACCCAAACUCCAUGGAGUCAAUUCCCCCUGGACAUCAACAAAGCCUUUCCCCAGCAGCCAUGGGCUCAUUCCUCCUCUGCUUCACCUAUUGUGAUUCCCACACAAGCUCUCAUGGCAUUAAUCAUGUGCAAUUAUCUCCCUCUGAUUAUUCCAACCCCAAUUAGCAUCAGCCUCAGGCCACCAGCUGCAUUUUGUCCCGGAAAUCCGCAGGCAGUGGCCUGGGGUUGCAGCUGAUUCCAGUCCCAAUUCUGUGACUCCAUCUGUGGCCAGGAGUCACCAGCAGCCCCAGCUGGGUCCAGCUGCUCUCCACACAGCCCCAUUCCCCAUUCCCCACUCCCACUGGGCCCUGCCCAGCCAGACCUUCAGCCUGCACCUGCUCCCAGCUGCACCCUUCCCACCCAAACCAUUUCACAAUUCCUCAGACACCACCUCCAGAAGGAGCUGGGAGGGACAGGAUCCAAAGUCCUCCUAACAGCCCCAAAACACAGCAUCCAACAUCCCAUCAUCUCCAGUAGAUGUGGUCUUAUCUUCUCCAGACAUCAAACCAGUGAGACAGGAGCAUCCUGUGUGACUGAACCCCUGGUGAAGGUGCCACCCUCCAGGUCCUUCCGUGACCACACGGAUCAGCUGGCACCGUGUGGCAGGUGUGGGCGGGCAGGUGACCACAGGAUGCCACCAGGAGCAGAUAAAAAGAGGGGGCACAGCUGGAGACAUGAGUGCCCACGGGACUCUGCUGCCCUGCGUGGAUCAGCUCUCCUG